CAUGGUAUUGAUUCGUAUUUGUAGAGAUUCAUUUUGAACUGUGGCUAUAUGAGCAUAAUUUAUAGUUUACAUAUCAAGACUAAUCCACACCGAGACCUUCUGCAACAAUCUUCUCCAUAAUUCUAAUUUUCUUUAGGGGGGUUCAAGACUGAGAUUUUGAAUUUACCUUAUAAAUCCCCCUUAAAUGAGUGAAACCAAAGCAGCAUCCUUCAGUUUACCUACCAUGACCAAAACUUCAUUCUUUUUGUUGGAUAAGGCUUCACUAAAACCUUGUCGCACCAUUUAUCUUAAGCACUUUAGUCACUUUACUAGUCGUCCACAUAAUAGCUAAAGGAAAUCAACAUGGCCCUCCUCUCUUCUCCUCGUCCUCUCCCAACCCACUUCUCUGCUUCUUCUCUACUUGUCCGGCGCCGCCCGAUCACCGCCUGCCAAGUCUGCACCCCCAAGCAACCCUUACACCACUCCACCCUCCUCAACGUCUCCGAGGCUUCUGCCGAAGAUGAGCUCUGGGCCGCCGCCUGUCUCCGUGUCCGCUCCUUCUCCAACUUGAAGCCGACCACGUUCGGUCUCCAAGAUCACCAAAGGUUCUUGGCGGAGCGAGAGUUCGAAGCUAUCAAGGAACGUGUUAGUGGGAAGAGGAAGGGCUUUGGGAGAGUUUCGUGUAUAAAUGCUACUGUCCCAUUGUCGCACUUGUUGAGCCUUUCGGUUUCAGCUGAUGACUUAUGUGCUUCGUGUAAGUUUACCACCAACGGACAAGAUCGAGUAGUGGUUGGGACGCUUGAUCUUAACCAGUGUGUAAGUCUUCCUGAUGAGAUAGCUGGAAGCAGACCAAAGGAGAUUGGAGCUGAUUUUGCAAGGGCAUACCUGAGCAAUGUAUGUGUUGCCAAGGAACUGCAUAGAACUGGUUUAGGUCAUGCUCUUGUUGCAAAGUCAAAGUUAGUUGCGCACGAUUGGGGCAUAAGUGAUCUGUAUGUUCAUGUUGCUGUUGACAAUGAACCAGCAAAACAGCUGUACACAAAGAGUGGUUUUGUUUAUGAAUGUGAUGAACCUGCAUGGCAGGCCAGGUUCCUGGACCGGCCAAGAAGGUUACUUUUGUGGUUUGGUAUCCCCGGCGUGCAACUAUGACUACAACAAGUAUCAUAUGAUUCUUUCUUCUUUUAUAUUCAUUGUUCUGACAAUGUACAAAACAUUUCACAAGUCUGAACAUGAUUGGUCGUUCUCUUUCUCUUUGAGAUGUAAUUCAUGUAAUCUAUUUCACAUAUUGGGUGCUCUUAUCCUCUCAAUUCCUAUGUGCUAGUUGUAACAAUGAAUAGUCGAUUUUAUUUGGGAACGCUUCUAAAACAGAACAAUACAUAUGUUAAUUGAAAAGUCAAUUUCGUAAUUAUUAAUAAACUAGACAUUUUCAUAC